AUCGCCGAUAACGAACUCCCACUUUCACCAUGGCUGUAAGAGCAAGACCAAUCAUUCGCGCAUUACUGAUAGAUAUUUCUGGCACUCUGAUGAUUGGAUCAACGCCGACGGGUCGAGUAGUUGAAGCCCUUGCCGAGCUGCGACGCAUUGGAUUCCCAUUCAGGUUUUGUAGUAACACCAGCAAAGAAUCUACCUCGGUUCUUCAGAAGAGAAUGCUGGAUGCUGGGUUUGACGUGCGUGAAUCGCAAGAACUGUGGACGAGCCUUAAGGCUGUACGGAGUCUUAUCCAAUCAAGGGGUCUCAGAAGACCAUAUUUCCUCUUGUCAGAAUCCGCCAAAGACGAAUGUAGACUUGACUUGCACGAUACCAACGUCCCCUAUGACGCGGUAAUUGUUGGCUUGGCGCCUGCGCUGUUCGACUACGAUCAUCUGAAUUCUGCAUUUCGAGUUCUUAUUGGAGAAGAGGAUGAUGAUGAUGAUGAUUCGCAGAAGGAGCGUAAUGGCUCUGAGGAUCCGAAGGCAUCGAUCCCCCUCAUCGCUUUACACAAAGCUAGAUACAUAGAAUCCUCGGGGGGCCAUGGGCUUGCGCUUGGACCUGGACCGUUCGUCGCCGCUCUUGAAAAUGCUACGGGAAGGGAAGCAGAGGUGCUUGGCAAGCCGAGUAAAGGAUUCUUCUCAACGGUGAUUGAGAGCCUCGAUGUCGAGGGCCCCGAUUCUGAAGGAUGCAUCGCCGUGAUUGGCGACGAUAUCCAAACAGAUCUAGGUGGCGGCGCCAUAGAGCUGUGUCUAUGGAGGAUCUUAGUGAAGACGGGAAAAUACCGGUCAGGGGAUGAAUGCAAGGAUGGGGUGCAUGCUCCUGAUGAAGUCUGUGAUUCGUUUGCAGAUUUUGUGGAUAGCUUAUUGUCGUGUUUGAAAUAGGACUUGUGAUUCUAGUGCAGUUUCCGCUUUAAAUAGGAACUGCAACGCUUGUGCUUUGCUAACGCGGUACCGAUUUAAAGCCCAGAUGAGAAGUGCCAAGUGGGUUUCUGGUGGAGGUGUCACAUGGUUGAAUGAAGGAUUUCGGGAUGGCGAUGUGUAUAUCGGGAUUUGGUUUGUUCAGAAUCAUGGCUGGCCGUGAUCAGUAUUGGCAACUGGGUUGAUCGAUAACGCAAUUAACCGCAGCGAAAAUCCGGCCAUCCAACCGGCGGCAACCAUGUGCCCUGUCGAUCUUGACGGAUAUUUCCCACAAUGGCAAGAGAAUAUUAAACAUGGAGGGAAAACCACCGCGCCAAU